UCCCGCCAGUUGAUGCGGUCUUCACUCUGGUCCGCAGAAGCUGCUUAUAAAGUGCAGCUGCGAAAGUGGUAGAAUUACUUAGCUCACUAGGACGUGAAGAUGUCUGGUCGUGGCAAAGGAGGUAAGGGUCUUGGCAAAGGUGGUGCUAAGCGCCAUCGAAAAGUUCUUCGUGAUAAUAUCCAGGGCAUAACGAAACCUGCAAUUCGCCGUCUUGCCCGUCGCGGCGGCGUGAAGCGCAUCUCCGGCCUCAUCUACGAGGAGACCCGCGGGGUGCUGAAGGUGUUUCUGGAGAACGUGAUCCGGGACGCCGUCACCUACACCGAGCACGCCAAGCGCAAGACCGUCACCGCCAUGGAUGUGGUCUAUGCCCUCAAGCGACAGGGACGUACACUGUACGGAUUUGGCGGCUAAUUUAACAUCUUGCACAACUAAUUAUAAAGGCCCUUUUCAGGGCCCUCAAACUUUCAUUAAA